AGUAACUUUGCCCUUUAUGCAGUCUCUCUCUCUCUCUCUCUCCCCUCCUUUUUUUCGGCCAUUUUCUCUCUCUUUCUCUCUGCACCCAGACACUGUUCUACGCGUAGUAGAAAAGUGCGAAGAAUUCCGAGAAAUUCUCUGGAAACCCAUUUCACCAAUUGUUCUGAAGGGUAGUCGAGACAAGACCACAGUUACAGUCCGACAGAGAAGAUGAAACUUAGGCCUAAGCUUCGGGCUCCCGGAGCUCUUGCCUCUCUCUUCUUUUUCUGUCUCACGGCGGUGACUUCAGAUCUGGAAUCCGACCGUCUUGCUCUAAUCGCCCUCCGCAACGGCGUCCAUGGCCGACCUCUCCUCUGGAACCUUUCAGCACCUCCAUGUACUUGGGGCGGGGUUCACUGCGAUGCGAAUCGGGUCACGGAACUCCGCCUGCCCGGUGUGGGUAUGGCCGGUCCGUUACCGAUCGCCAUUGGCAACCUCACAGAGCUUCGGACCCUCUCCCUUCGUUUGAACAGGCUCACGGGUCCAAUCCCGCCGGAUUUCGCUAACCUCACCCUUCUCCGGUAUUUGUACCUGCAAGGGAAUACAUUUUCCGGCGAGAUUCCGGCGUUCCUCUUCACGCUUCCGAACCUGAUCCGGAUCAACUUGGCGCAGAACAAUUUCUCUGGUCGGAUCCCCGACAACGUCAACUCGGCGGCCCGGUUGGCGACUCUUUAUUUGGAGCAGAACCAGUUGACGGGUCCGAUCCCGGAUAUUACGAUUCCGCUUCAGCAAUUCAACGUUUCGUACAAUCAACUAAACGGGUCGAUACCAGAUCGGUUAUCGGUUUUGCCCAGAAAUGCUUUCGAAGGAAAUUCACUCUGCGGGAAGCCCUUAGACCUUUGUGGCGGCAGCAGCAGCGGCGGCGGCAACACCACUUUGCCGCCCGCGGGAAAGAGCGACAAAUUAUCCGGCGGAGCAAUCGCCGGAAUAGUGAUCGCCUGCGUUUUCGGCCUGUUGUUGAUUCUGGUGAUUCUGUUCUUGCUAUGCAGAAAGAGAAAGAAAGAGGAGAACAUCGAGCCUAGAAGGGUGGAAGCUCCUGUCGCCACUUCGACGGCGGCUGUGGCGAAACAGACGGUGGCUGAUGCCCCACCGCCGGAAAAGGCCGCGGCGUCGGAGCCGGCGAGCUCCGCGGUGAGUAAGGAUUUGGUGUUCUUCGUGAAGUCAUACGGGGAAUUCGAUCUGGAUGGAUUGUUGAAGGCUUCGGCCGAGGUUUUGGGGAAAGGUACAUUAGGGUCAUCGUAUAAAGCGAGCUUUGAUCAUGGAAUGGUUGUGGCUGUGAAACGAUUGAGGGACGUGGUGGUACCAGAGAAGGAAUUCAGGGAGAGAUUGCAGAUGUUAGGGUCGUUUAGCCAUGUGAAUCUGGUCACAUUGCUUGCUUACUAUUUCAGCCGCGAUGAAAAGCUUCUCGUCUAUGAGUACAUGCCUAGAGGAAGCUUGUCUGCUCUCUUACAUGGGAACAAAGGUAGUGGAAGGACCCCUCUGAACUGGGAAACCAGAGCCGGCAUAGCCUUAGGAGCAGCCAGAGCGAUCAGCUACAUCCACUCGCGUGAUACAAUGACGUCUCACGGGAACAUCAAGUCAUCUAACGUACUCUUGUCUGAAUCCUACGAGGCUAAGGUCUCGGACUACUGUCUCGCCCCUCUCAUCAGCCCCGCCUCUGCACCUAACCGUAUCGAUGGAUACCGCGCCCCUGAAGUCACCGAUGCUCGCAGAAUCUCCCAGAAGGCCGAUGUCUACAGCUUUGGUGUCCUCAUUCUUGAACUGCUUACAGGCAAGUCGCCGACGCAUCAGCAAUUAAACGAAGAAGGCGUAGAUUUGCCGAGAUGGGUUCAGUCGGUGGCCGAGCAACAAUCACAGUCCGAUGUGUUUGAUCCGGAGCUCACAAGGUACCAAUCGGAUGGCAACGAGAACAUGAUCCGGUUAUUGAAGAUCGGUAUCGGCUGCACGGCUCAGUACCCUGACAAACGUCCGUCCAUGGCGGAGGUCACUAGACUCAUCGAGGAGAUUUCACGUUCCAACGGUUCAGCGAGUCCAUUAUCCGAUUGAUUCCAGGGUCUAAAUUGAUCGUUUUCAAACUGUUUGGUCCAAAUGUCAAUUUCUCAAUAGUUUGUUGAUUCUUUGGGGGCUCAUUUCUCCAAGAGGGUUUGUUUUUUUUUAUAUAUCUAUAUUUUGCUUGAGAAUUUCAUAAAAUGUUUAUAAACUUUUCUUGUAUCGAUUUUUAUAAAUACAAGUAUCAUUGUUUGAGUGUGAAUAAA